UUGGGGAGAUUGUUAGGGUUUCUGGCAAGGGGAGAACUCGGAGGCAUCAUUACACUGCUUUCGAGUACGAUGGAAACCAAUACGAGCUGGAGGAUCCGGUUCUUCUAACGCCUUCUGAUAGAAGGGAGAAGCCUUAUGUGGCAAUUAUUAAGGACAUCACUCAACUCAAAGAUGGGAACAUGGUACUCUUAGGGCAGUGGUUCUAUCGUCCUGAAGAGGCAGAGAAAAAAGCUGGUGGGAACUGGCAGUCACAAGACUCAAGGGAGCUGUUCUAUAGUUUCCAUCGUGAUGAGUGUCCAGCAGAGUCUGUAAUGCAUAAAUGUGUGGUUCAUUUUGUUCCUUUGCACAAGCAGCUACCAAAGCGUAAAGAGCAUCCUGGUUUCAUUGUGCAAAAGGUGUACGACACCGAUGGGAAGAAGCUUUGGAAACUGACAGAUAGAGACUAUGAAGAGGAUAAGCAGCAUGAAAUUGACUUGCUAGUUCAGAAAACCAUGCGAAGAUUGGUAGAUCUUCCUGAUAUUGAGAUUGGAGAUCCAACUGCUAAUCAAGAUGAUCAACUGAAGAGCAAAAGAAAUUUGAUUAAAAAGAAUAUAGCACCCCUUGAUGUUUCUAGAGUGGAAGAAGCAACAACUAGGCCUGGUAAAAUUCAAAAAGUUGAAACACCUGUAAACUGUAUGGCUAAUUCGUCAGAGCACCAUCGCAUUUUAGUUGAGCAGAAUGCUCUAACCGGAGACUCACAUCGGGACAGAUGGUUGGAAAAACUUCUAAAAGAGCUACAGUUCAUAUGCAGUUCUGCUGAGAGCAUGAAUGGAGCUGAUAAAAGAAAAUCUGCUUCUGAUGAAACUGACUGCAAGUCCCCUCAUGUCGCAGGUGGACGUCAGGUUACGAAUCUCAAGGGCGGCAAAUCUUUCCUCUGGCCAGAUGAUGCUGUCUGUGCAGCUGUUUCUUUGGAGAAGGCCACACAUGACUCCCUAUCCUCAGAUUUUCAGAAGUAUAACCAAAAAGUGCGGUCGUUGUGCUACAAUCUAUCGAGACAAGCAGUCCUAGCCCGCCGUCUGCUAAGUGGAGAGUUGGAGCCUUCAACAAUACUGAACAUGUCACCAGAUGAGUUAAAGGAGGGUUUAACGGCUGAGGAGAGAGCAAUGAAGGAGCCUGAUGAGUCGGAGCGUAUGCAGAUGACUGAGACGCGUUGCACAAGAUGUUCAGAGCUUAAAGUAGGAGUGAGAAACAUCAUUCAAGCAGGACAUGGGGCUCGCUAUGAGGUUAAUUUGGAGUGUACUGCCUGUGGUAAUCAGUGGUAUGCUGCUCGAGAUGCAGUUUCUAUGCUCACUAUUGAUACACCAAGUUCAACUCAGAAUGUUGGCACAGUUCCAUCUGCCACUGCCAAAUUUGAAGAUGUUGAGAAGAAUCUGGUCAGUCCCCGUGCAUCUGACACAGCAGCAGCUACUGAAACUUUCAAAAAGACAACUGAAGCGUAUAUGCCCAUCUUGGAGGCACAAAGAUCGUUUGGUAAGUCGAAAAGGGAAGAAAACUCUGAAUCUGGAAAGAAUGCUGAGUAAAAAUGCCGCGGGCUUUAUUGUGCUAUGAGUUUAGAUAUUUAGGUGUAUUUAGCUAGGAAGUGUCCUUAGUAGACUUCUGUACAAAGUAGUAUUCUGAUGCCCUAGUUAAUCAGUGUUUCUAUCAAUGACCCUGCUGUUGCCUUAUACCUUAUCAGAGUUGUUUCCUCACAUACUAGUGGCAGUAACCCCUCCAUCGUGAGGGUUAGGAUGAAUAGUUUUACCAUGCUAAUGAUCCAAUAUACUGUAUCUGUGUAGAUUUGCAUGAUGUGAUAGUGUGCACAAGAAUAAGAUAUGUCGGUGAUGCUUCCGCACUUGUUCUCUUUUU